CUGAGUCUCACUAUCUGUGCUGUAUAAGUUAGAUUUUGCAGCAGGCUGUCAGGAGACGGAAUGUGGAGUAGGAUAAUGAUGUACGUAAGUGGUAGGGGGUGCAGUGUACUGCCACUGUGAAUUCGCAUCUGUGUAUGAAGCUGUGGUUGACGUCCUCCGAAAUGCGAGAAGAGGAGAUGUUUGCAUUUUUUUUUUAGAUUCGUUUUUUAAAUGCAAAACUGUCAGGGAAGCGGGUGUCCUUCUCCUGUCUAGUUAUUAAAAAGGACUUGAGUGAAGGGGAAAUUGUCAAGAUGGCAGCGGUAGGAGGAAUAGGAAUGUGCUGGCAGUAAUCUUGGGUUUUUUACUGUUAUUUUUUCCCAAAGCGAUUUUCAGCGUUGCAGUCUACCUGGAGCCUGAAGAAUGGAUCUUUGAAUAAAUACGGACCAGCAAAGACAGACGCAAUUGUAAUUUAUUUUUUAAAUGUACAUUACAUAUUUGUUUUCUGUACGGUGCUGAGGUGCGGAGACGAUUUGUAGUUAAAUCGCAUUGGUACGACGUUGGAUCCUUCUUUGCUUUACUACGAGGACUGACUCUUUGGUGGUAUACGCCGUAGUACUCAUUGGAUCCAGAGAACUACAGUGUCUGGCCUGUAAAUAUUAAAUUGCACAGCGAAUAACUAGCGGAAUAACUCGAGAUCAUCCUGGGAUAUACCUGUGGUUUGCAGCCGUACUGCAAUUACACCACACUAAACAUAUGGGAUUUAACAUUGGAUGUGGGUAUGGUGAUGAAGAACGCCUCAAGCUGGAAGAAACUUACUGGGAAAAAAAAUAUUUUGCUUUAUCCAAUUUGCAUUUUUUAAAACAAAUCGCCUCUUUUUAUUAUUCACAACCGAGUUUUUUUUAUUUAGAACUUGCAUUUUGUUAGGCUUUAAAUUUACGUUUACUUUCCCCGUGAACGCAACUUCUAAUAUGUGAAACGCAUUCAUGGAAUGCGACUUUGACAGGCAUCCUGUGGUGAUUUGUUGAGUGAUCGUUUUGUGGCAGGGACUAACGAGAGAGCAAGAAAAGAUGGCAGAAGCACCUCCCCCUGACCCUCUUUCCCCGCUGGACGUUGAGAUAGACCCUGAUUUCGAGCCACAGAAGAGGCCAAGGUCCUGCACCUGGCCUUUACCCCGACCUGACCUGCAGUCCAAUGUGGAGAAGCCCGAAGCCACUGACACGGACAUUAUCCCGGAGGAAGAGGACGAUGAGGACGACACUGCCAAUUCUAUGACCAUCAAUGCCAAUGGCACCCUGAGCAACACCAGCACGACAAGGGAAGACCAAAACAGUCCAAGCGCCCUCUUAGUGGACGCGAUAGGUGCAGCGGCGACUGGCCAGGAGAACGCAGGGUCCCCGCUCUCGUCCCAGUCCCCGGGCACGGCUGGAAGCGGCUCCAGCGGCGGCCUGGGGUCCCAGCAGCCGAGGAAGUCCUCCUCACGCCGGAACGCCUGGGGCAACCUGUCGUACGCAGACCUGAUAACCAAAGCCAUAGAGAGCACGCCGGACAAGAGGCUCACCUUGUCCCAGAUCUACGACUGGAUGGUCAGGUGUGUCCCGUACUUUAAGGAUAAAGGCGACAGCAACAGCUCGGCCGGGUGGAAGAAUUCCAUCCGACACAACUUGUCGCUGCACAGUCGUUUUAUUCGGGUGCAGAACGAGGGCACUGGGAAGAGCUCUUGGUGGAUGAUCAAUCCGGAUGGUGGGAAGGGUGGCAAGGCCCCGCGCCGACGGGCCGUUUCCAUGGACAACAGCAACAAGUACAGCAAGAGCCGGGGGCGCGCAGCCAAGAAGAAGGCAGCUUUGCAAGCAGGGCAAGAGGGGGGUGCGGAGAGUCCCUCCAGCCAGCUCAACAAGUGGCCGGGGAGCCCUACCUCUCGCAGCAGCGAUGAGAUGGACCCCUGGACCGACUUCCGCUCGCGCACCAACUCCAAUGCGAGCACCAUCAGCGGACGCCUCUCGCCAAUCUUAGCCAACCCUGAGCUGGACGAGGUGCCUGACGACGACGCACCGCUGUCCCCCAUGCUGUACUCCAGCCCCAGCAGUCUGUCCCCUUCGGUCAGCAAACCCUGCUCCACAGAGCUCCCCAGGCUGGCAGACUUGGCCGGUACUAUGAAUCUCAAUGAAGGGCUCUCGGACAACCUGAUGGAUGACCUUCUUGACAACAUCAACCUGACCCCCUCCCAGCAACAGUCUCCAGGGAGUGUCAACGGCAGCAAUGGGGGUGGCGGGAUCAUGCAGAGGAGCUCCAGCUUCACCUACGGCUCCAAAGGCACGGGCCUGGGUUCCCCUUCUGGCAGCUACCCCAACUCCAUCUUCGGCACCCCGUCCCUCACUGGCCUACGCCAGUCGCCCAUGCAGACCAUCCAGGAGAACAAGCAGGCCACUUUCUCUUGCAUCUCCCACUUUGGCAACCAAACCCUGCAGGAUCUGCUCAGCUCAGACUCGCACAGCCACAGUGACGUCAUGAUGACUCAGUCGGAUCCUCUCAUGUCGCAGGCCAGCACCUCCGUCUCCUCGCAGAGCUCCCGCCGGAACAUCAUGUUGCGCAGUGACCCGAUGAUGUCCUUCACCGCCUCCCAGUCGAACCAGGGAAGCCCUGUGAACCAUGGGAGCCUGCUGCACCCUCAUCCCCAUUCUCAGAACUCGCUGGGGGGAAGCCGGGCUGGGUUGUCCAGCCUGGUCAACGGGGGCAUCGGCCUGGCCAAUGAGACCAACAGCCUGGUUUCUGCCAAGCACCAGCUCCAGUCUCCCAGUGGCAGUAACCAAUCUAUGCAAAUCUGUAGCUCUGACUCUUCCUUAUACUCCAGUCUCAGCGAAAGUGGCAUCACCCUUCCGUCCAUGAAUCAGGACAAGUUCCCUAGUGACCUUGACCUGGACAUGUUUAAUGGCAGCCUGGAGUGUGAUAUGGACUCCAUCAUCCGCAGUGAGCUCAUGGAUGCUGAUGGUUUGGACUUCAACUUUGAUUCGCUCAUCUCCGCUCAGAAUGUUGUCAACCUUAAUGUGGGGAACUUCACUGGUGCUAAACAGACCUCCUCCCAGAGCUGGGUGCCUGGUUGAAAAUCCACUCUCUUUUACAGGACUAGAGAUGGGCAGAGCAGAUCCUUAAUGUGAUGCAAGACCCAACACAAUAUCCUUUGCCAAACCAGCCGUCAGCACGAUGCGGAUAGUAGUCUGUUUUCAGAACACAGCCACUUGAGAAUUUUACCAUUGUUCCCACAAAAUGAAGACAUUCAGUCAACAGAAGAUACUUGCUUCAGCUUUAAUGAAGUUCCCGGCAAAAAAAGAAAAACUAAUUAAAAAAAUUAUGCAAUCUUUUCUGAAAAACCUGUAACAAAAACAUGCACCGACUCCAGAGAGAUAUAUUGUUUUAAAAGUGAACUUGCAAGUAUAAUGUAGCCUUUUACAGUAGUUUCUGUAAAAAUGUUAUGUGGUAUUAUUAUCCUAUAAAGUGGUUUAUGGGGAUGUUUUAGUUUUAAUUUCUUCUUGUUUUUUUUAAUAGUUUUUAAUGUUUAAAGUUUAUGUUCAUUUUUCUAAUAAUUACCUUUCCAUGGUGUCCAUUUUAGAAGUAUGUAUCCAGUUGAAAUAAUUAAAGAGAAAGUAACAAAAAAUCAGGGAAAUAAUCAUUUUGGCAACAUUGUUUCCAUCACACUCAGAUAUCUGCCUUGUUGAUCAUUAUUAUAAAGGAAAAAGGCAAGACACAGGAAGGCUUUACUUUUAUAAACUGGUGCACGUCAUUUGUUUUGGGUUUUUUUUUUGGUUGUUUUUUGGGGGGGUUUCCAUUAUUUUCUGUAAUACCUUAACCCCUAAUUAUACAUGAUUCGGAAGCAGUGAUUUAAGACGGAUAAUAAAUGUUUAUGUGUCUGUAACUAUAGAAUCUGUAAGGAUUCUGUCUGGUAUACUGCAGUACUUAGGAAAUGGGAUAGCCUUUAACAGGGCUGUGGUGACUCAGUCCGAUAUAAUACAGUAUGAAGCCAAAACCUGUUCUAGCAUUGUGUACGUUGCUAUGCCCUAUUGGGUGCUAAACAGUGUUCAGCCUGUCUAAAUGGGCUUUUUAAUUUCCAGCUGACAAAGGAAGAGGUAGUGAUAACUAAGAAGAAAGCCUGUUUGGCAUCACAUGGCAGUGUUAGAGUUAAAUAUCCAUUUGGAAGCCAUUUUAUUGAGGAAGUGAUAAGCUAUCUUGUAUAUUGCCAAAAUUACUUGAACAUGUAGAAGAUGCUGGCAGCCAAAAAAGCAAAAAAAAAAAACGAUACAAAAGUUUUAAUUCAGAAUGUUUCUCUGUGUGAAUUAGGGACUUUCAUAUAUGCAACAGCCCCAGUGCUUAUGACGUUUAGGGUAUAGACAACAUCAGACAUGGGUCUAGUUAAAUGGUUCUCAGCUUUUUAUUUUUCUUUGUAAGAAACAGAUUCUUAAAAUAAUAAUGAUGUGUAAUCUUUUUCUUCUAGAAAAAGAGGAGUCAAAAAACAUAAUCAGCUUUUGCAUUCUUUUUUACACAAAAUAACUGCCUUUCUUUACUUCAUACGCAAAACUGAAGCAUUCAUAGAAAUGCCACAGUUAAACAUUCAUUUCCUCUUAAUGCAUUUUUAAAAACAUUCUACUUAUCCUACUUGUUAUACAGUACAUAUAUAUAUCUAUUUAUGCAUACACACUACACACUGUGUGUGAUACAUAUAUAUAUGUGUUAAUAUAUGUGCAUAGCUACCGUUAAUUUUCUACUAAAACCAGGAAAAGUGAAUAGUAGAAGUACAAAUAUAAAGAGAGAGCUCUGAAGGUAGGGUAAGAAUAAGAGAAAACUACGUGAACACAGGCUGCCAGGGAAGCUAAAAAAAAGUGAACUUGAUUUCUGGUGCAGCUCACUAUUUGAGUAGUUUCAAGCCUAUUUCUUUGGAGUAGACUGUGGAGGUUUCUUGUUUUAUAGGAUAUUGUAAUGCCUAAUAUAUUUUAAUAUGAAGCCGGGGCAGAUCAUUAUGCAUGGCUGGUAGGUUAUUGCAUUAGCAGUGCAGCCCGAAGUUUAGUGCAUGACCAUCCUUCACACAGAUUACCCAUGUGUCACUGACACCCCCAGUCCUGCGUGACCCCCCAGCACAUGAAAACCUGACCUCCACCUCCACCUUCUCCACACCCCAAGAAAAGUAGCUUUACAGUGACACCGAUCAGUAUGAUGGAUCUUCCUUAGACAAUAUCGUAACUUUGAACACCUGUCCCAUUUUAUAUAGCAGCCCUGCCAGUCCCCACCCCCUCCUGUACUGCUCCUCAGUGUUCUCGCAUUGCCGUUCACUGAACGUGUACUUUCUGUGAUGACGUGAGUAGGAUAAUAGCAUAUCGGCAGUUCUUGCAAAUUAGUGAUUUUUCUCAUUCCUUUCUUUUGAGACAUUUUCAUCCGCGGCACUUAUUAAGGUAGUAUGACAGGGAAGGCUGUGGGACAAUCAGGAAGCCAAGAGGGAAAAAAAGGGAAAGUUGGGUUUGGAAUAAGCACUGUUUGGUCCUGUCUGAAACACGUCCACUAAUUUAUCAGUCUGUGUAAUCAGAAAUUCUUCGCCUGUGUUAAUCAUGAAUUCUGAGAGAAGUAGGGUACAGAUUGGACAAAGUGAUGCACUGAAACAUCGGGCUCUGGUCUGGUCUAAACCUCUGGGUGCUUAUAAAAAUGCAAAGGAGCUGGUUUGGAGGAAGCAGAAUUUCCAUGUGCAUGUGACGGAAGAUAAUGGAGUCCAAGAUGGGUUUCAUUGGCUCGCCAGUAAAGAUUCCACAGCAGCUUUGCAUUUUCCUCAUAACAUUUCUGUUUACAAAGUUCAAGAAGGGUUAAAUUCCUUCCUCCACCUUCACCACCUCUCCUUUUCCCCCCUCUCUUUUGUCUCUGUGUUUCUCCUUUGCCAAAAAGAAAAUGUAAACUAAUGCAAUAUGUGUUUGAACAGGCUAUUUUAGAUAACCCUCACACUUUCAACGAGUGGCUAAGUAUCUUUCUUUUUAUUUGGGGGUGGGGAAGUCCUGAGCUGUAGUUUUUUUUUUUAAUGUGAGAGAUUUUGUAAUCACAAGAAAAUGAGAACAUACUACCUUAAUAGUGGAUAACCCAUCGAACUUAACCUUUCUCCCUUUGAUCUCCAGUAGUAAAGCGCUUCUACUUGAUGUUAGUGGAUAUUUCCCUGUGUAUUCCAUUUUGAAUUGUAAUCUAGUUUGUACAAGAAAUGGUGAGCAUGUAAAUAAAGCUCGGUGAAGCUCUACAGUUUCUCA